GGUUGAUGCACUCAUGGAAUCGCUGUCCUACACCCACCUAUGGCCCAGUGAUAAGCGUUGUUGAGACUGGCAGAUAUCUUGCCACUUUGAGGACUGGGGAUGCUGCAAGCACGAGGAGCCACAUUCCGAACAGAUUGACUUCGUUCGGCAUGAAAAUCUGCACUUGGAAUUCCAAGCGGAACCAGCAGGCCUUUCGUCGUUGUCAUCCCAUUUAUUUGGCCCUCUUUAAGGCUAAAUGCAUUUCGCCUUGCCGACGUGCAGGGGGACAAGAACGAAGGCAGCAAACUGGCUUCGCUGUCGGAGCUAUCAUCGGUUGAGAAGAAAUGCGUGUCAGCAAAUGACCGAGUCGGACCCGUCGU